AUGCAUACAUUUGAUCUUAUUGCUUGCAUUCUCCAAGCAAUGAAAUUUAAUUAUCGUGCUACAGAACUAUACUCAAAAUUACUCAAUCAAAUCUUUUCUUCGCAUUCUAUUACAAAACUUAGGUAUGAUUGUCUUAACACUUUCUAUAAUAGUAAGAUAAUCGAAUUUGAGAAGAAUUCUAACAAAGUUUAUCAAAUUGUAUUUCAUUCAGAAUUCUUUCCAAAAGAGAAUGAACUUGAAUACAUAAUUAUGUAUGAUCAAAUUGAUAAAUUCAGAGAUUAUAUUUCCCAGAAGUCAAUUGAUAAAAUAAAAAUCGACAUCCAUAAUUUAUGGGAACUUUCUCCAAUUGAAGCAGCAGCUUAUUUUGGAUCUGUUAAUAUCUUCACUUUCCUUCUUUCCUUAGGAAACAAAAUCACUAAGAGAUGCUCGGAUUUCUCCUUUAUAGGAAAUAAUACUGAUAUCAUCAAUGAAUGUCUUAAGACUUCGCAAUUUGACAUUGAUAGUUUCUUCUUCAUUGUUUCAUCGCAUAACAAUAAAUUCCUUGAUUACAUGUUCCAACGAUAUAUUACUAAAUUUGAACCAUCUGAAGGAAUAAUUCAUGCUAUAAUCGAAUCACAAAACAUAAAAGCAAUGCUUGUGAUGUUUGAUAAAGAUAAGAAUUCAAUUGUUCCUUGGUGUGCAGCAUUUCCACAAUCUUUAGAUAUUAUUAAAAACGAAGGUAUCGAUUUCUCUAAAACAGGACGUGAUAAAAGGAAUCUUCUUCAUUUUGCAGCUUAUUAUAACAAUUUCGACAUCUGCAAAUUUUUGGUAGAAUCAUCUAAAGUUACUAAAAUAAGAAUCACAACAAAGAGUAAAGUCGGAUUAGCUCCUCUUCAUUAUGCAGCUAAAAACAAGUCUGAUAGUAGAGAUAUAAUAGAUCUUCUAAUUACACAUCGUGAAAAAGUGGAUACAGUUGAUAAAUGUGGUAGAACUGCCCUUCACUUGGCUGCACUAAAUAAUAUGACCGAAAUUAUAGAAACUCUUAUCAAACUUGGAGCAAAUGUUAACUCACCAGAUCAGCAAGGUGAAACCCCACUUCAUUAUGCUGCCUUCAAAAAUAAUCUUGAUUCAAUCAAAGUUCUUAUAUCGCAUGGUGCUCAGGUUAAUGCCAGAGAUAGAUGUGGACUUAAUACUUAUAAUAUUGCAAAUUCAUUUAUGGAAAAAGAGGCUGCGGCUCUUCUAGUUGAAUGUGGAGCAGAUACAAAUUAUGCUCAUGAAGUUUCUUGGGCAACUUCUACGGUAGAUGAAGAUGGAAAUGAAGUCUUUAUGAUAUAUUAA